AUGGACACUGCUGCGGCACAAUCAAUUCCGGUGCCGGAAUCAACCAAAGUCUGCAUCGUUUGCUCUUACUGUUACUCAGAUAAAGCGGUUCCGUCGUUCGCCGUAAUGAUCGCCGAUGUGCAACCGGAAGCCGGCGGCGAUGCUAGUGAUGAGUCAGUCAUCUCCAUUCGCCCCACGUUUCUCAUCGAUGGAAUCUCUUUCGACGACGGCCUCUACAAUUUCUGCGUUCUGAAUUCGACCCUAUACAUGAUCGAGAUGGGCAUCCAUACCAUCGACCAUUCCCUGGGAGGGAAAUCGGUAUAUACCUACGAUCUGUCGCGGUACCUGAAAGACGGUGGCAGCAACGGCGGCAGCGGCGUCUGCGUCGACGGUGAAAUUUUGUAUAAAGACGAUAUGGUGGCCGCGCCGGAAAUGCUAUACCCCAAAUACCUUCCUUUCGUGACCCCCACGCCCGACGGAAAGAGGAUUGUGGUAUUUUCAUCUACUAUUAAUAUGAGCUUUUUAAACGAGGAUCCUAACACAGGUGCCCCUAAUGCCGUCGAUGAAGACAUCGAUUUCGAGGUGUACGACCCGCAAAACAAGGCCUGGCGGAAGCUCCCGUCGCUACGCGACUACCAGCUCAGGACGGGGAGCUAUUAUCCUGACAUUGAAAUACAAGGAUUCACGUUCCUCACGAGCUCAGACAUGCUUUUCCAAAUGAGUGAAGGAAUUUUCGUAAUUGAUAUCAAUAUGCCGGAGAUCGGUUGGCAUAAGCAGGAUUCGUAUCUUGGGGCCAAGAGAAUCCCUUUCGAAGAUCGUUUUUUCGUAAUCGAAGAUGAUAAGAUUCAGUUGUGCCUCGAUACUUCUAGGGCUUAUGACAUUUCCCCUUGGGCCAAGACCAAGUACAAGGAACACUUGUUUGAUUCUAGCAUGGCCUCUCGGUUCCCUACAUCAUAUAUCGCUUUGGAUGCGAAUGUCGGGUUUGGAGUACGGCAUUCUUUCAGGACUGAUGUGGCUUAUGAUGAGGACGAUCUUCUUGUGGUGCACCUGCAAACGGCCCUAGAUAUGUACACGCAGAUCGCGUACAUGCUUUUGGAUGUGUCUCGGUAUAACCUUAAGAAAUACAAAGAUGAUGAUAUGACGAAGAAGAAGAAUAAGAAGAAGAAGAAGAAGGAAGUUGUGGAGGGAGAAGAUCUUGAGAAGAAGAGUUUCCUGAAUGCUAGCUCCGUGGAUUCGUUCAAGUUCAAGCUUGACACAGAGCCGUGCUGGAGUUUUAUUCCACACUGUGUGUCAAUUAUUCGAGCAUAA